ACAUGCAAGAUGGCCACGCAUCACAGGCAAAAUGCAGCUGGGCGGAGAAAAGUGCAGGUGUCUUACGUCAUUAGAGAUGAGGUGGAGAAGUACAACAGAAAUGGGGUGAAUGCUCUCCAGUUGGACCCUGCAUUGAACCGCCUCUUCACUGCUGGAAGGGACUCUAUCAUCCGGAUAUGGAGUGUCUACCAGCAUAAACAAGACCCAUAUAUCGCUUCAAUGGAGCAUCAUACGGACUGGGUCAAUGACAUAGUUCUUUGCUGCAAUGGGAAAACUCUAAUAUCUGCUUCCUCGGAUACGACAGUGAAAGUAUGGAAUGCACACAAAGGGUUCUGCAUGUCGACGUUACGAACACACAAAGACUAUGUGAAAGCUUUAGCCUACGCUAAGGACAAGGAGCUGGUCGCUUCAGCGGGUCUUGACCGUCAGAUAUUUCUCUGGGACGUGAACACACUGACGGCACUCACUGCUUCCAACAACACUGUCACCACGUCGUCACUCAGUGGUAACAAGGAUUCAAUCUACAGCCUGGCUAUGAACCAGAUGGGCACAGUGAUCGUGUCUGGAUCGACAGAAAAGGUGCUGAGAGUGUGGGAUCCACGAACGUGCGCAAAGCUGAUGAAGCUAAAAGGCCACACGGACAACGUCAAGUCGCUGCUUUUGAAUCGCGACGGUACUCAAUGUCUGUCAGGCAGUUCAGAUGGAACGAUCCGCCUGUGGUCCCUCGGUCAGCAGAGGUGCAUUGCCACAUACCGCGUGCACGACGAAGGCGUUUGGGCCCUGCAGGUCAACGAGGCUUUCACACACGUCUAUUCUGGCGGGCGAGACAAAAAGAUUUAUUGCACAGACCUGCGCAACCCAGACAUCCGAGUCCUCAUCUGUGAGGAGAAGGCCCCGGUGUUGAAAAUGGAACUGGACAGAUCUGCUGACCCACCUCCUGCUAUUUGGGUCUCCACCACCAAGUCAUCUGUUAAUAAAUGGUCUCUAAAGGGAAUGCACAACUUCAGAUCGUCAGGGGAGUACGACAACGACUGCAGCACCCCUUUAACGCCACUGUGUACACAGCCAGAACAAGUUAUUAAAGGCGGUGCCAGUAUUAUACAGUGCCACAUUUUGAACGACAAGAGACACAUACUCACCAAAGAUACCAACAACAACGUGGCUUUCUGGGAUGUCCUGAAGGCUUGCAAGGGUGAAGACCUUGGCAAAGUGGAGUUUGACGAAGAGAUUAAAAAGCGGUUCAAGAUGGUUUACGUGCCAAACUGGUUCUCGGUUGAUUUGAAAACUGGGAUGCUCACCAUCACGCUGGACGAGAGCGACUGCUUCGCUGCAUGGGUGUCUGCAAAGGAUGCGGGUUUUUCAAGCUCCGAUGGAUCUGACCCCAAAUUAAACCUGGGCGGACUGCUGCUUCAGGCUCUGCUGGAGUUCUGGCCCAGAACUCGCAUUAAUCCCAUGGAUGAGGAAGAGAACGAAGUGAAUCAUGUGAAUGGAGAGCCGGAAAACCGUGUCCAGAAAGGAAACGGAUACUUCCAGGUGCCGCCACACACGCCGGUUAUCUUUGGGGAAGCAGGUGGCAGAACUCUUUUCAGGUUGCUAUGUCGAGACUCAGGGGGAGAGACGGAGUCUAUGUUGCUGAAUGAGACUGUUCCUCAGUGGGUCAUUGAUAUAACUGUAGAUAAAAAUAUGCCCAAGUUCAACAAAAUCCCAUUCUACCUCCAGCCUCAUUCAUCCUCUGGUGCAAAAACGCUGAAGAAGGACCGUCUUUCAGCUAGUGACAUGCUCCAGGUGAGGAAGGUGAUGGAGCACGUGUACGAGAAGAUCAUCAACCUGGACAACGAGUCUCAGACCACAAGUUCCUCUGCCAAUGAUAAGCCUGGGGAGCAGGAAAAGGAGGAGGACAUGGCCAUGCUAGCUGAGGAGAAGAUAGAACUCAUGUGUCAAGACCAGGUUCUGGAUCCCAACAUGGACCUGCGAACAGUUAAACAUUUUAUCUGGAAGAGCGGCGGGGAUUUGACGCUUCACUAUAGGCAGAAGUCAACGUGAAAGUUCGAUUUUUGGAAAGCAAGAACUCUUCAUUUGCCAAUCGCCUCUCUUCUGACAUGUAGUACCCUGAACUCCAUUCACGGUCAAUGGUUGUAGUGUCAACGAGAAUCCAGUAAGAUUUUUCCAGGGUUGCGUCAUAGGGAGCAUUUCCCAGGGCGGAGCAGCCAACAGACAAAAUGGAUCACCCACCCCCCAACUGUUUGAAGAAUUAACUCCAAUUUAUUCUGCAGGACUAAAAUGUUUUCUUUUUUUUUUUUUUUUUUUACAUCUUUGACUGCUAUGUUUGUUUCUUAUGAAGUGCUGUACAUGUUUGUGUGAGUGCGUGUGCAGAAUGUUCUAGUACAUUCCAGACCUGCUCUUGUUCUACAAACACUGCACCGUGUCAACAGUAUCUCCAGUUAAGGACGACACCCGCUCUCUGGGAGGCAUCGCCCAUCCUCACUUGAACAUACCCUCAACUUCUUACGACAAACCUGAACGCCAUCACUUCACUCAUCUUUGUCUUCUAGCUGUGCUGUUAUCAAGUCGACUGAAUGUUCUGUUUUCUUGUAAAUAUAUGUACAACAAUUUGGAUUUAAGUGACUUUUUGGGGUGGGGGGGAGGAGUGCGCGCGCACGCGUUUUGUUGUACAGUUAAUACCAAACGGUUAUUUUUCCAAUUCCUUACAACACAUUCAUGGCGCUAACUUGACAUGGAUGACACAAAUGGCAUUUGUUGUAUUCACUACAACCUUGAAAUUGCAGUUUAGUCUUAAGAAUGUGUGUAGUUGUUUAAAUCAUCUAAGCAAUUUGAAAUGAUAAAAAUCUAUAAAGCUCGCUUUAUGCUUGGGUCAUUAUUAGCAAUGGUCCAAGUGAGGGCUGUUCCUAAUGUAUAUUUCAUUUAAAUAGCUUAAUAAAACAUGAAUAGUAAUAUAUAAUUAUUCACCAAAGCAAACUGGUAUGUUUGUUUGUUUCUGUCUUGGUGUGUCACCAAGCAGGCCAUAUUUUUAUUCUAUAAGUGAUGGUGUUCAUGUAGUGGGAACAAGCCAAGUGAGCUCCAGUUGGCCGAAACAGGGCACCCCAAUUAGUCAUGAAACUGUAAUUUCCACUGUUGUAAUAAUUUGUGAAAUAUGUAUAUUUUAGGCUUCCAAAGAAAUAAAUUGGAAUGGUUUAACAAUGACACAUUUAUGGAAAUUAUUAGGGGUGUCACAAG